AAGCGGCCCCAGUGUCACACUCGACGUCCGUUCCUCCUCAGGCACACACUUCGUCCAAGAGAGCAAUCAUGAAGGCCGUUUGUAUCGUGGCCUUGGUCGCCGCACUGUGCGUCGCUCCCUUCCGAGCUGAACGGCCUCCGCCCGGAGUAUUGCGUCCUCUGCCCCGCCCCGGCCAUGAGGGCGUGCGCACUUUGCCGGCUCUUUUGCCUGACGACCUGAGGCAGACCAGACCUUUUGUCCGCCCCGACCUCCCUUCCUUCCAGCGACCUCAGAUCCAGCCCCGACACCCAUCUUUUAUCAAGCAGACGAAGCCUCUUCCCCGCCCAGUGGGAGUUGAAACUCUGCCAGCAGAAUUGCCAGAAUAUCUCAAGCAGACAAGACCCUUUGCUCGUCCAGCAGGAGUAAACACUCUUCCUGCUGACCUUCCUGAAGAGUUCCAAGACUCAAUGAAGCAGACAAGACCCUUUGCUCGUCCAGUAGGAGUAAACACACUUCCUGCUGACCUUCCCGAGGAUCUUCGAGGCUCAAGGAAGCAGACAAGACCUUUUGUCCGCCCCGACGUCCCUUCCUUCCAGCGACCUCAGAUCCAGCCCCAACACCCAUCUUUCACCAAGCAAACGAAGCCUUUAGUUCGUCCAGUGGGAGUUCAAACUCUGCCUGCAAAACUAUCGGACGAAUUUAAGCAGACUAGACCCUUCGCUCGUCCACUCCGAUCGGUAUACCAUAUACCUCAGAGUGAAGCUGAGAUCUGCCAGAAUUGUGAAGGUCUGGCCUUAGUUCGUCGAGGAUCCUGUUGUCGGUGGUGGAACCUCUGCUGCUGAGGAACUUCGUGGCUGUGGAUCAAGAGAUAACAAACUGCACCUCAUUAAACUUCCUUUGCAAUUUGUUGAUAUUGGUGGGAGUAGAAAUGAUAGUUUGGCUUGUGUUAUUUGCCGAAUUAUGAAAGUUAUGUCUGUAAGGGAUGGUGUGACGUCAUAGAAGAAAGUGCACCGCUUGUUAAUAAAUUAUUAUAAUUC